AGACUUUUAAAAAAAAACUGACAAAAAUCUCCCUUCCGUUACUGACUCAAACGGAAAACAUUUACCUAUACAUAAUUUUUUUUCCAAAUACCCGUUUUACCCUUYUGUAAAAUGAGUACUGAAAUAACUAACCGAUGAAGAAUGGUGGCAGAGGGUUUCUUCUUGGUCUGUACAAGAGAGAGAUGGAGUUGGGUUUGAACUUGGGAGACGCCUCCAACGCCUUCGUUUUUGCGGACAAGAGUCAUAAGGUUAGCGCCAAAGGGGUUUUGCAUGGGCUUAGGACUUGGGAUUGUUAACAGUAGAGAGGACGAGAAACUAGAAGCUGAUGAACGGGAUUCUGCUUUAAGGGAUGCAGAUGAAAUGGAGGAGAAAAAGGAUGCUACCGAUCCGCCUAUUCAACUUGAUCUUCUCCCUCUUGGUCCCGUCCCUCGUAACCCGCCUUCGUCUUCGCAGCUAUGCUUUCCAUGGCCAACUAAAAAUGGUAAUACCCAAUGCGGCCAAGCAUCCACCGAUAUCUCCACUUUUGUUCUGGAGAGAGCGUCCAGAGCCAAUGACGAGGAGAACGGUCUAACUCGGAAGAAGCUGAGACUCUCCAAAGAACAAUCAGCCUUUCUCGAAGAAACCUUCAAGAAACAUAAUACUCUUAACCCGGUAUGUAGAAAUCCCGAGAGAGAGAGAGAGAGAAAGAGAGAGAGGGCUGGAUCCCUAUGUUAUUUUCUGAAGGAGGGAGGUGGAGGAGCUCCGGGUCAGUUUCCAGAUGGACGUCGGAUUCAGCGGAAUUUCCUUUGUAAGGAUCCCAUACAGUUGUGGUCAUUCUAUUAUUCUCAUCUUGAGGAAACAGGGGCAAGACAAUUCCGAUUGGUACAAGCAAUUCCAGGGGACUCAAAGCAGCUGGAUUAUGUCACAAAGCUCACGUUUGUUGAGUUUGGAUCGCCCUUCCUGUUCAGCCUCGAAGCUGGAUCGAAACCCAAGCUCCUUGCGAUGAGUUGUCUGUGCAAAGGCAAUCCUGAAAUUUUCUUGUCUGCAAAGGUUAUAAAGACGCGGAAUACAUCUCGCUUUCUUUGAUAGCGAGGAAGCUCCAUCUAAACACAAUUGUCGUCAUCCAGCAAGAACUUGACUUGGUGAUUGACAUCAGCCGCAAACUUGGCAUAAGUCCGAUGAUCGGUGUACGUGCAUCGUGAGGAAGAAGAUGAACAGUGCUCGUAAAAAGGAUAAAAUAAGUAUUUUGAAAAAACAAUUAUCUAUUUAACGUUUUCCGGUCAAUGAUGGAAGGGAGAUAUUUUUGUUGAAUUUUAAAAAAAAUAGAGAAGA